UACUUACUCGCUCUCUCUUUUUUCUCUCAAGCUCCUUUGUUUCCUCAUGGCUCCACUUAACGAGUCUCUCGCAACAACCAUCGAUGUCAUCGAGACCAAACCCAUUGCCGUUCCGAAACUCAAGCCUAGGUUGCAAGAAAGCUGUUUCAACCUCUCCCAAGGGAUCUUGCGUGCCAAACACUCUUCCCCAAUCCUCUCCGAUGUUCCUCAAAACCUAACGUUCACUCCGUUUGCGACUCCUUCCUCCACCGAUGCUCCUUUCCAGACCAUCCUCCGUGUUCAAGCCAACGCUCACAAAGGAGGGUUUCUCGGAUUCACCAAAGACUCACCCUCUGACCUUCUCACGAACUCCUUGGGGAGGUUCGAGGACAGAGAGUUCCUCAGCGUCUUCCGGUUCAAGAUGUGGUGGUCGACGGCCUGGGUCGGAAAAUCCGGGUCGGAUCUUCAAGCCGAGACUCAGUGGGUGAUGCUAAAGGUUCCUGAGAUCGACUCCUACGUGGCCAUCAUACCCAUCAUCGAAGGCUCUUUCAGAGCUGCGCUCAACCCUGGCGAAAACGGUAACGUUUUGAUCUCUGUGGAGAGUGGAUCCACUCAAGUCAAAGAGUCAUCCUUCAAGGCCAUCGCCUACGUUCACGUUUGUGACAAUCCUUACAACCUGAUGAGAGAGGCGUUUAGCGCGCUACGUGUCCACAUGAACACGUUCAAGCUUCUAGAAGAGAAGAGGCUUCCGACGAUCGUGGACAAGUUCGGUUGGUGCACGUGGGACGCUUGCUACUUGACCGUUGACCCGGCGACGAUUUGGACCGGUGUUAAGGAGUUUGAAGACGGUGGCGUGUGUCCCAAGUUUGUCAUCAUUGAUGAUGGAUGGCAAAGCAUAAGCUUUGAUGGGGACGAGCCGGGGAAAGACGCGGAGAAUCUUGUUCUUGGCGGAGAGCAGAUGACCGCGAGGCUUCACAGCUUCAAGGAGUGCAAGAAGUUCAGAAACUACAAAGGUGGGUCGUUCUUAGCGUCUGACGCCUCUCACUUUGAUCCUCACAAGCCUAAGAUGAUCAUUUACAAAGCCACCGAGAGGAUCCAAGCCAUCAUAGAGAAGCAGAAGCUGAUCCGUGAGUUUGGCGAGCAUGAUCUUCCUGAGCUUGAUGAGAAGAUCAAGAAGUUUAGUGAAGAACUCAACGCAAUGUUUGAUGGUGAACAAGAGUCCUUGGUCUCUGAGGAUGUUUCCGGGUCAGGUAUGGAAGCUUUCACUAGGGAUUUGAGGUCAAGGUUUAAGAAUUUAGAUGGUAUAUACGUGUGGCAUGCUUUAUGCGGUGCUUGGAAUGGUGUUAGGCCUGAGACUUUAACACAUUUGGAAUCAAAGGUUGUUCCAUUUGAUAUUUCACCUGGUCUAGAUGCUUCAAUGACUGAUCUCGCGGUCGAUAGAAUUGUGGAAGCUGGUAUUGGUCUUGUUCACCCUUCUAAGGCUCAUGAGUUCUAUGAUUCAAUGCACUCUUAUCUUGCUAGUGUUGGAGUUACUGGAGCCAAGAUUGAUGUCUUUCAAACCUUGGAAUCAGUAGCAGAAGAACAUGGAGGAAGAGUGGAGCUUGCUAAGACUUACUAUGAUGGCUUGACCAAAUCUAUGGUUAAGAACUUCAAUGGAACUGAGAUCAUUGCUAGUAUGCAACAAUGCAAUGAGUUCUUCUUCCUUGCCACAAAGCAAAUCUCUAUAGGCAGAGUUGGUGAUGACUUUUGGUGGCAAGACCCACAUGGUGACCCACAAGGAGUGUACUGGCUACAAGGACUACACAUGAUUCACUGUUCUUACAACAGUUUGUGGAUGGGUCAAAUGAUUCAACCGGAUUGGGACAUGUUCCAGUCUGAUCAUGUCUGUGCCGAGUACCAUGCGGCGUCUAGAGCCAUCUCUGGUGGACCCGUCUACCUCAGUGACCAUCUUGGUGAAGGCUCGCAUAACUUUGAACUCAUCAAGAAACUUGCUUUCUUUGAUGGUACCGUCCCAAGGUGUAUCCACUAUGCUCUUCCCACAAGAGAUUCUCUCUUCAAGAACCCUUUGUUUGACAAAGAAUCAAUCCUCAAGAUCUUCAACUUCAACAAGUUUGGAGGAGUGAUUGGAGCAUUUAACUGUCAAGGAGCUGGUUGGAGCCCAAAGGAGCAUAGGUUCAAGGGUUACAAAGAAUGUUACAUGUCUGUUUCAGGAACAAUCCAUGUCUCGGACAUAGAGUGGGACCAAAACCCUGAAGAUGAAGGAUCUGAAGUGAUCUACUCUGGAGAUUACUUGGUCUACAAGAACCAAUCCGAGGAGAUCCUUUUCAUGAACUCCAAAUCUGACGCGAUGGAGAUAACCCUAAAGCCAUCUUCCUUUGAUCUGUUCAGUUUCGUGCCUGUCACGGAACUAGGAAGCUCAGGGGUUAGGUUUGCACCUCUAGGGUUGAUCAACAUGUUCAACUGUGUUGGAACUGUUCAAGAGAUGGAGGUUACUGGUGGUAACAGCAUUCUGAUUGAUGUGAAAGGAGAAGGUAGCUUCAUGGCGUAUUCGAGUUCUGCUCCAGAGAAGUGUUACGUGGGAGACAAGGAGGCUGAGUUUAAGUGGGAGGAGGAAACUGGUAAACUCAGUUUCUAUGUUCCUUGGGUUGAAAAAUCUGGUGGCAUCUCUCGUCUCUCUUUCGCCUUCUAA